GUUGCCUAUCGCACACACGCAUGCACAGAGACAACCCAGCACGCCAGGCUCCUAGCUUUUCCAGGUUGCUGAUGUCGGAUUUACACGCAGUGAAGGGACCGGUCAUUGCAAAAGGGGGCGUGACUGUUUAAAGAUUUUUUUUUUCCUCCCAUAAAGCAAUUUUUUUUUUCCAAACUGACUUUUGCUCCUCCAAUCCUCGUCGCUCUUUACGAUCCCUCCCUGCCUGCCGCUGCAUUCAAGUUUAUUUAUUUGCCUGCUGGCGUGGUAUAUUUUUCCUUGCUGCUCUUGCUGCUGCUUCAGAGGGAAAAGGGGAGCAGCUGUUGGGCAAGACCGAGAAGAACUGGGUGGUUUGGUUUUUUUUUUUCCCGAUCUCCUUAUGUAGUCAUCUGAGGGGUGGAUUCUUUUUCUCUCACCCCCUUCCUGCUCUUUCAAACUGUUUUGUCCUUCCGCAGAAGUUGAUAUUCCCGGGACUGGACCCUGCUUUAUCACAGAAAGGCUCCGGCAGGCUGAAGCAGAUUUCCGCACCUCGCCGUAUCGCUCCGUUCGUCCCCCGAGCAGGAGAGGCCAGCCAAGACCAGCAUCAUCAGAGGAGUUUGCAGGCUUGAUUUUCCACUUCUACGAGGUUUUGCUCUUUUCCACGCCCUCUCAUAAAACAAUUUUUUUAUUUGCAUCUCCUUGGUUUCCACGCCGCAGUAUUUCUUGGAUUGGCCGGGUCCCCCCCCCCCCCCCCGCCUUUUUUUCCCUUGUCUUUUUUUUUUUUUUUUUUUUUUUCCGCCUUUGCUGUUGCUCAGUCCUUGGUGCAUCCACCGCCCAGGAACAGGAAGGACAAGAAAACCACUCCACAAAGUCUCCUUCAAGACACUCUCUGUGCUGCAGAACAGGCUCCCCAACUCCAUCAGCGCAGCAAACUCCUCAGGGUUUUUGCUCCCCCCUCCCUUUUUUUUUUCUUUUUUUUUUUUCUUUUUUUUUUUUUGUUUGUUUUUCGUUUCCGGGCGGCGGAGGGUCAGGAGGGAAGACACGAACUUUGUACUUUUAAGGUCUGCCCGUAGUGCUCGCCCCUCUCCCAGCCGGCGGCCUUUCAUAUACUUCCAGGACCGUCCGUGGGCUUCCAGGGGGAAGACCUCCUUCCCCUCUUCCCCGCUCUUCUCCCCCCUCUCCUGCUCGCUCCCUCCAUCCCCGCGUCCCCCGGCCGCCCCCGAGCCGCGGGGCCGCGCCGUCACCGCUGCCGGAGCCGCUCUUAGGGGGCGGAGGAACGGCGCCCCUCGCCCGCCCGCCACGCCGGCGGGCCGGUGUAUGUCGUGCCGUCGGCUCCGUACGGGACUCCCGGUGAAUGAGCACCGCCCGCCGCUUGCCGCCGCCGCCCGCCUCGGCCCCCACCUCCCCCUGCCGGGGUGAGGCUCCCUGAGGGACCGCGGAUCGCGCCUCCCUGCCGGCUGCCCGUCUGCGGCGGCAGGCGCCCUCCGCUCGCUGCGGCGCGGCACGCCGCGGAGCCCACCCGCCUCUGCGCCUCGUUUUUUAUUUAUUUACCUCCACACACCGCCUCCUGUGCCCCGGCUUGGUCUCGUCUGCCCCCCCCCCUUUUUUUUUUCCUUCCCCCUUUCUCAAUUUUCCCCGCAUCCCGUCUCGCCGCGCCGCCGGCCGGGCGCGAUGCCGCACGUGGAGAUGCUGCUGCUGGCGGCCGCGGCGCUGUGGGUGUGCGUGCGCGGGCAGGAGCCCGGCGCCAAGGCGGUUGCCGAUCGCUACGCCGUCUACUGGAACAGCACCAACCCCAGAUUCCAGCGGGGUGACUACCACAUCGAUGUCUGCAUCAAUGACUACCUGGAUGUGUUCUGCCCUCACUAUGAAGACUUGGUGCCGGAAGAUAAGACCGAACGCUAUGUUCUGUACAUGGUGAACUUUGACGGCUACAGUUCCUGUGAUCACACCUCCAAAGGGUUCAAGAGGUGGGAGUGUAAUCGGCCACAUUCCCCGAAUGGACCAUUGAAGUUCUCGGAAAAGUUCCAGCUCUUCACGCCCUUCUCGCUAGGAUUUGAGUUCAGGCCAGGCCGGGAAUAUUUCUACAUCUCUUCUGCGAUCCCAGAUAAUGGAAGGAGAUCCUGUCUAAAGCUUAAGGUCUUUGUGCGACCAGCAAACAGCUGUAUGAAAACUAUAGGUGUUCAUGAUCGUGUUUUCGAUGUUAACGACAAAGUAGAAAAUUCAUUAGAACCAGCAGAUGAUACCGUACAUGAGUCAGCCGAGCCAUCCCGUGGUGAGAAUGCGGCACAGACACCAAGGAUACCCAGCCGGCUUUUGGCAACUCUAUUGUUCCUCCUGGCAAUGCUUUUGAUAUUAUAGCACAGUAUGCUCCGGCAACCUGUCACAGAAAAUAUCAGGGUCUUGGAACAUCAAAGAUCCACCUAACUGCUCAUCCCAGGAAAGGGACUUUAUUGUUUUUGCAGAUGUCAAAUUGUUAUUUUUCCCUUUUCCCUUUUCUUCUCCCGUUUAGCCUGAACUCAGCAAAAAUUUGAAGGGGAUAACUAGCUUCAGCACCCAUCCCUACCUACCUGUGACUUUCUUAACCCCUCCAUAUAAAUAAAAGGACUCCAAAUGAAAAUGCCAAACUAUAAUAGUGACACUAGUGAUUCUUAUUUUCCUCUGCAUUCUCCUUUAAGAAGUCACCUCUGUUAGCUCACUGUGUCAUCUGUAUGUGGACAAGGAAGAAUAGUGGCAGAUGCAGUUAGUGAAGGAUAAGGGAAGUUAGUGAAAGCCUGGGAGAGUUUUUCAAUCUGAUACAAUAUUUAUGCCUUCUCAUUCAGCACUGUAAGAUGAUCAUGCAAGGCAUCAUGUCACCAUGUCAGGACUGGAGGGGAAAUAUUAAGAAUAGAUAUAAUAUAACACCAUUUCCUCCAGGAGUUUCUAAAUGAACAGGCUUCUGAAAGGGAAAGAUUAUAUUUCUUAUAGGACUGUCUUGAAACAUCUUUGACAGUAAAAUUUGUGCUCAUGAGUAGAAAUGCUGUCUUUGGUGAGAGGAAGAAGUUAGUAUUAGGACUGUUAGCACACAGCAGGCAAGGUCAGAUUUAGGAAACUUCACUGGGGGUGUGAGUGCCUCUGUUAUUUCGUUUUAAGGGGAUAAUGCACACCGGAUUAUUUUAUUUUAAAACAAAUCACCGUGGUGCUACAAUUUUUUUCUUGAAAUGCAGAGGCACUUUUGAGAAUAAAGUGACCUUCCCCAGCGCUGACUUAGUAGCUGAUAGCCUUGGAUGCUGCUCUGGGUGUUAAUACAUGCUAAGAGGGGACAUCAGUGGCCAGAGGAAACAUGUUUGGGACACAGGAUCUCCAGUGCACUCUUGAUUUGUCUCUCCUGCAAGUUCCUCAAUCAUGGGAAUAAACCACAUGUAGAAGAAGCCAGGACAGUGUAGUUUUAUUCUUUGGUAGGGGGAAAAAAAAGAAGUGUGGAAUAUGAAUUCAAGUGUUGAUUUUUUAUCUUUUCCCCUUCCAGCACAGUUUGAAAAGUAGAGGAAACGUGUUUAUCAGCCAGAGAUAAACUAGAUGGGCUCCCAAAGACUUAACGAAAUAUUUUUUUAAAAAUCCACUAGAAUAGAAAAUACAUUAUUUAGAUAUACUUUAUGCUGAGAGUGAGUAUAUAUGCUUGUCCUAUUUAAACAUGUGAGAGAAGUGGCAACCCUUGAUGCAAUUAGGAAAUGGGACUGUCUUGUGUGAUGGAAUUAGGAGUGACCCUGUUUAAGGAAUCUGAGCCUUGGCUAACGAAGAACCUUAAAAAGUCAUUUGCCAGGAAGUGCAAGCCUUGGGGUAUAUUUUGGCUAGUCUGCCAUGAAAUUUGGACUGCUAAGCAUAGUCAGGGAAAUAUCAAACCAAGACUGAAACAGAGCUUUUCUUACAAAAACUGUGAUAAUUAUGUUAAAUGUGAAACAAAACAUGGAGCGCAUUAAUGCAAAACAAGGGUUUUCUAUAUUAAUUCUGAAGAAAAAGUCUGCCGUAACAAAAUUGAAUGAUACCAUUAAUGGACAGCACUUUGUGGGCUUUUCUUAAUGAAGAAAAGCUUUCCAGCAGUUGAAGCAGCCCACUAUUCAAAAAAGGAGGAAAGGGAGAAAUAAAUUUAACAUGUAAAGGAAGGUUUAUGCAUGCUAAACUAUGAUCUGGGCUUGCCUGAUAUCAUACAACUUGGUCAUUAAUUCAAGGCCUGUGCUUAUGGGAAGAAUGUAGGAAAUUUCCUCUAGUGUGAAGUGCACACAAUAAAGAUAGGCAGUCUAAACAGUGAGGGAAGUUAUCAUCUCAUUACAGACUAUCUGGUACUUUUCUGUCUUUAAUGUGGAUGUGCUUCGUACACACACUAAUACUUCCUGUAGGUAGGAAUUAAAAAGCUUUGGAUGAGGUGAGCUUAGUCAAAAUACACCUUCUCAAAUGGAUUAUUAACUAGACUACAGAUAACAUUGCAUGAUAAAUAACCAUAUUAAAAUUAUUUCAUACCAGUAGUGCCAAUUUAGUGUAGAAGUGGUGACUUCAUUUUUCAUCCUUUGUCUCUGAAUGAUGUCGGAGUUCAAGACAUAUGUUUAUCCACAGCAAGGGAUUUUCACUAGUGUUAUUGCUGGUGAAAUUCACCCCUUCAUGUUAUUACAGAGUCCUGCUGGGUAGAUGAGGAACUACACAAGUGAUGCAGCUGCUUGGCAGAUCUGUCCACUGCCUGGUGUGGUGUGGCUUGAUGGCAUCAGGCAAUCCCAGUCAUACAUACCAAGUGCAUAAAUGCUGAUGGGUUUUGUGUUGCAUUGCAAAUCUCUGGAUGCUUUAAAUGCAGAUGUUGGUGCAAAUUACUGCUCCCUUCCCCUUUAUCUGCUCCAGCUCAAGUCUGAGGGACUGAUUCUUCCUCAGCCUAGGUGGCUAACUUACCCCCAUGACCUGCACUCCUGGCUGCCAAGGGCGUUGCGAUGUGAAGCAGGGAAAAUAGGGAUCAGUCAGUUUAGUGGAUACUGUGUAUCCUUUAAUAGACAAGGUAACAUUUCGUGUUAGUUUAGAAUAUUGUUUUGUACUGUACUUACUUGGAUGGCAAAGGAAAGACAAGUAAAACUUAAAGCUGUGUUCUUUAAAUUCUGUAUUAUUAGCAAUCUCUGUUGUAUAUAGUGUUUGAUAAUAAAGUAUUAAUUUGAUUCUUAUGUCUUUUGUAAGUGAGAACAAUAGACUUUCAGGAUAUUAAAAUCACACGUUGAUUACAAGACAGAGCUUUGAAGCAUCAAGUGUGAUCAUGGCUGAGAACUGAGAGACAAGUGGCCAUGACACUGCAGCAUGCAGGACUCAUCUUUGAAAAUUGUUCAUCUAUUGCAAGACUUCACAAUGUCAAGACCUGGAACAACAUGACUUUUGAUGAUCAAUGUUUUGUCCUCAGUGUUUAAAGGUCUGAUGUUGGAGCCCUGUGGUUUCUGUGUUAGUUUUUGUUCUUUUGUAUCAUGUUUGUUUCUAAAAAGGCUUUGGGGAUAUAACAACUCUUCUGUUAUUUUGUUUGUUUCUUUCUUUUUUCUUUAUUAUUUUUUUCCUCCUGUUUUCCUUCUGGUUUUGUUUCCAUGAAUAGUUUUUUCCAGAAAGGAUCUUGCCAGUGUCAUGUGUGAUAUAUGUAUGUACUUGGUUCCAAAAGAACUAGAAACAAAUUUGGGAGGUACUGAGAGUAGAUGAGUAGGUUGUUUCUUUUCCUAUAUAAUUGUGGAAGGAAAAUGGUUGUCUUUGUACCUAUUGAUUCCCACUCCUAAUCCUCAAAACUGAACUUAAUCCAUUGCCUUGUGAGAGCAAUGGUUCAGUCACUUUCAGAUGCUUAGAGUGUUAACUCUUCCCCUCCUUUCAUUACACUUGGAUUUUGUAAUCACCAGUUUUAAUGUACAACCCUCCACACUUCUCUUCCCUCUUCCUGCCCUUCCUCCUCUCCCACCCUCCUCCUUUUUUGAUUUGGAGCUGUGAAUGGGCAGAUCUGUUUCUGGUCUGGCAUCACUGAGUUUUUCCCAUGCAUUCACUCUCGAGCUUCUCGGAUGUGAGACAAAUCUCCCUACAAUAGGCUUGCUGCCAUUGUCUGUACAGUUUAAUAGAUGCUGGCAUGUUGGAGGUUACCCAUGAGUCUGCGAAAUCCGCUUUCCAUGCUUACUCUUGACACCCCAUUGAAGACACUCAUUGUGUAUGCAUCUGGGUAUGAAAGUCCAGCUCAGUGUGGUCCUGUGCUUGUACUGCCCUGCUUUGCAGUUUCUUUGCACUUAUUCAUUGAGUGCUGUUUUUGAAAUGCUUACAUUAUAUGAACUUAAAAGAAAAUGUUAAAAAAAAACCAAACAAAACCCACCCAAAAUCCCUGCCCCAUAAGAUCUGUAUUUGUAUAUACACGUGUCCGUACAAUUAUACUUAAAUAAAAUUAAAGAUUUUCAUCAUUUUAA